AAGAAAAAGAACGGAGAAAAAAGAAAAUUGAGUAAAACAAUAUGUGAUUCCUUUUGUUUAGUUUAUAGAAAGAAAAUAGUGACAGCAGAAAAAUGAUGAGCAUGGGUUCCAUAUAAACAUCACCUUUUCAUCGAAGUCAUAAAAAUGGAGAAUAAACAAGGGAAUCACAAAACUUGGCCAUGAUUUCGUUGGUGAAGGAGCUAUGGAGAACUCUCCUCUUCGUUUUCUCAAUCCAAUUCUGGAGAAUGGGGUUGCUUUGGACAUUUUCCAUUGUCUUUUCUCAUUACCAAUUAAUCAAAGAUUUCCUCUGUUCCCAAAGACCUAAAUCAUAUUACAGAUGUUCUCCUUGUACAGUCCCUGUUAGGCCCGUUGCUGUUGUCACAGGUGCAACAUCUGGCCUGGGAUUUUAUACUGCUUAUGAACUUUCCAAAGAAGGAUAUGUUGUUGUGCUUGUUGGGCGAUCGCAGCAAUUGUUGCUUGAGGCAGAAAGAAAGAUCAAAGAUUGGAAUAGAAAUGCGCACCUCAAAGCUUUUCAGGUAGACCUGUCAUCAGUUGAGUCAAUAAUAAUGUUCAGAAAGUCCUUGCAGCAAUGGCUGUCGGAUUCUGAUUUGCACAGCUCAAUACAACUAUUGAUAAACGCUGCUGGAAUACUUGCAACUUCACCUAGAAUUACAGCUGAUGGAUAUGAUCAGAUGAUAGGUACAAAUUACAUUGGUGCAUUUGUUUUGACAAACCUUUUGUUACCACUUCUCGAAAGCAGUAAUGUAUCUUCCAGAAUUGUGAAUGUCACAUCCUUUACUCAUCGAAAUGUUACUGAUAUGCAGGUUGAUGAUCGAACUGUAUCUGGGAAAAGAUUUUUGAGUUAUAUGCAAUAUCCAUAUGCAAACAUCUAUGAGUAUUCUAAAUUAUGCCUUCUCCUCUUCACCUUUGAGCUUCAUCGACAGCUUCGCUUGAGGGAAAAAUCUCACCAGAUCUUUGUUGCUGCUGCAGAUCCUGGAGUUGUACAAACGAAUAUUUUGAGAGAAGUUCCAUCUCUCCUUUCCUUGUUGGCCCACUUUGUACUGAAGCAUUUAGGCCUCUUGCAAUCCCCUGAAUAUGGGGUCAGUUCCAUAAUUGAUGCUGCCCUUGCACCUCCACUUAAUAUUGAUUUCAGGGAACUUCUGGAGCUUACUUCUUUGGGGGAAUAGGUAGGACUAUUGAACCUUCAAUACUUUCAAGAGAUGCUGGUUUAGCACUUAAGCUCUGGGAAACUACAAGUAAUCUGCUAUUGACAACCCCUUUUGGCGCUGAAGACGAUUAACCAGAUGUUAGCAUUGGAUCAUGUGUUAAGACGUAUAACAAAGUGCAGAUGUGGCACUUGCCUGAUGUAGAUUGAUAACCCAUUCUUCGAAUGAAGUUCUGUGGUUUCUGGCUCUUGGAAGCUACCACCAUUAUUCCUGAUGUGGUAGUAUAGUCCUUUAAAUGUGUCUAGCCACUAACACAAUGUUAGUAUUCAGUUUUUAAUUUAUCAGAUUGAAUGUGAGAGACUUUUUUUUGACAGUCUUACACCCUAUAUAUAUAGUUCAUUUUCAAUGUGACUUUGUAUUUUGCAUGGCAUCUCAUAGGUCUGCUACAACAAUAUAGCAUACUUGUCGCACUAUCACAUGUAAUGUAAUUAUUUGAGGACUAUGCCAGCAAAGAAACUUAAAGGAACAACUAAUAAUGCAAUUAGAUCUUUUAUUUA